GUCGCUGACUGCCCUUACUCUAACCAACUUAUCACUACUAAUAGUGGUGAACUUUCGCGUGCGCGUGAGAGCCAGAGGAAAUACUAUUGACAAAACACGCUUUGAUCGAUCAAAGUGUGAACACCACACAAGACGGCCAACCGGCCUUGUGAACAGAUUAAUGUUGGUGUUGCUGUCACUGAUCCUGUUGACACAUCAUAGCCUUCCCUAGAACUAUGUAUCGGAAGGCUGAAAUUGAUAUUCACUUCUUCAGAUCAAGGUGAUUCUCUACAAAAAAAACCGUGGGCUGGUUUCGAUAAAGGGCCAGUCAGAUUAUUCCGUUUUUGUCUUCUCAACCGGAAGAAAGAUAUUUUAUGGAAGGUGGGCGGUUUGAUUUCAACGAUGGUGGAAGUUAUGUGGGUGAAUGGCAUGAAGGCAGAGCACAUGGUUUGGGCAUCGCCACUGGUCCGGAAAACCAGGGAGAGUAUUCUGGCGAGUGGACUAUGGGUUUCGAAUCCCGUGGUGUGUAUAUCUGGCCUAGUGGGAAUAUUUACAGUGGGACAUGGUUGAAAGGGAAGCGACACGGAGAAGGGGUUCAGGUCAAAGGUCGAUGGAUCUAUCGCGGAGCAUUCACCACUGGAUUCUGCGGACGUUACGGUGUGAAAGAAUCUUUGACCAGUUGUGCAAAAUAUGAGGGAAGUUGGCACCUUAACCAGUUUGACGGAUUCGGCGUGGAAACCAAUUCAGACGGAAGUGUCUACGCCGGCGCAUGGUCAAAGGGUAUGCGACAAGGCUUGGGCGUCCGGCGAUCUGCACCCUAUGCCCUCGCCUCAGAAUUCAAUCGCGCUGUUCGCGCAGCCCAGUCUCAAAACAGCAUUCCUUCAGGAACGGAUUCUGAGCGUGGUUGGCGUGGCACCGGCAGCAUUGGUGGAGGCAGCGGAGGAGAUGUGCGAACGGGUGAACGAGGCCGUCCGGAUGAACGCCGCAGCGGAUUUGUACUACGGUCUACUUCUUGCCCGUCACCGGCGUCCCAACCAGGGUUCCGAAGUGCUAGCCGCGGGCCCGAAAAGAGGUCCAUUUUCAAAAGAGGUCUUUUUCGCAAACUGAGGAAGCAAAAGUCAACAGGAGAUCUGUCCACUAUUGGUGGUCAAACGAUUGGAGGAUUUUCCUCUACCUCAGGAUGCGGCGGCGGUGGACUCUUUCAAAACCGACGCCGAGGUGGCGGUUCCUUGAGAUCAACCCUGAGUGGAUCAAGUCAACUGACCACAAAUUCGUUCUCACGUAAUGAAAUGAAAGGCCUAGGCAAUGGUGGUCAGGGUUUGCAUGAAUUUAUGGAUGAACCAGUUGGUCCCAACGUCACAGAAACAUACAGUGGUCAGUGGAAUGCCGAUCGCCGUUCAGGUUAUGGAGUUGCCGAGCGGUCUGAUGGUUUAAAGUAUGCCGGUGAAUGGUUCAACAACAAAAAGGAUGGGUAUGGUGUUACCUAUUUUCAAGAUGGAACAAAAGAAGAGGGAAAAUACAAGGAAAAUCUUUUAGUUCAAGCACUAAAUCGGCGAAGUAAAUUGUUUCUACUGCGGCAUACCAAAUUACGUGACGCAAUCGAAGAGGCGGUGAAAAACGCCCAAGAUGCGUCCAAAAAAGCUCAGGAAACGGCCUCUGAAGCAGCGUACCAAAGAAGUUGCCUGAUAUCGAAUGCCGAUCGCCGUUCAGGUUAUGGAGUUGCCGAGCGGUCUGAUGGUUUAAAGUAUGCCGGUGAAUGGUUCAACAACAAAAAGGAUGGGUAUGGUGUUACCUAUUUUCAAGAUGGAACAAAAGAAGAGGGAAAAUACAAGGAAAAUCUUUUAGUUCAAGCACUAAAUCGGCGAAGUAAAUUGUUUCUACUGCGGCAUACCAAAUUACGUGACGCAAUCGAAGAGGCGGUGAAAAACGCCCAAGAUGCGUCCAAAAAAGCUCAGGAAACGGCCUCUGAAGCAGCGUACCAAAGAGCACAGACCGCUCGGAUGGUUGCAAACACGGCAGACGCAAGAGCCAGAGAUGCACGCAAGCUGUCGGAUCAGGCCAGAUCCGUUGCCAGGGAAUUCUCACCGGAAUUUGUACAGCUAGGUCAACAGUGGGAGAAGCAAAAUCCACUGUUGAAGAAGGAACUUUUCGGUGUAUCAAAAGACGUGACAGACGCAGCAAACGCUAACCGGCAACCACAACAUAAUUUACGGGCUGAGGGUUUGCUGAACGGCGAGGGAAUGACCGGCAACAGUUUGGAAGUUAGCGGUGGAAGUCGCCAAGGUAGUUUUCGAUCAAGUUUCCGGCGACACGGUGCCAACACCCACGAACCUCGGUCCCGGGAAAUCGGGCAGCAGAACACAGACAGGCAGCGGUAUCCGAAUGAUUUUCCUCCUGAUAUGAACAAUGCGGAUAAUGGACUUUGGCCUUACAAGCAAAGCUUGCAAUCAGGACCCGGUUCCAUGGGGCAAAUGGGCCCAAACUCUCAGGAUCCCUAUUCCAACUUCGGAAACAUGACAGGACGAACACCCGGCGGUCGACCUAUUGCACGAGCUGCAACAACUGGAGUUACAGGGAUCGGUUAUUCUUCCGCAGAACAGCGACAAAUGGUACAACAUAUGGCCCAACACCCGCAUUCUCCGUAUUUGAUGUCGUCGGUCAGUCAGCAACUUGAUGAACUUACAGAUGCCCAGACUGCGUACAAUUACAACACAAUGCCACCUGGUAAACCUCAGCCACGGAUAGGCGCAAACACACAAGAUGGCGCUACAUUUGGUGGGCCGCAGCGAGAAAGAACAGCCAUCGCAAAUGCACAGCUUUCUGUUGCUCAGGAGCACAAAGCAAAGGAGAUUCACAUGGCAGAAGCUCAGCUUGUACAACCAAGUGAGGUACACUGCGCAUCGGUUGGUGUUGUUGAACUUAACCAAUAUGCAAAAACUACUGACUCACAAAGUGGUGAUAGGUCCGAGAAUGCAGAAAGUGGCGAACACUCUUCCCGUGUUUCUGAGGUCAUGGAGAUUCCAUUCAUCCAACCCAUUGAGCCUGUUCCACACGUACGGCGCCGAACGCUCCCGUCAAUCAUGACCGAGCCUCCAGUACAUCCAGAGAAAUCUGGUCGAAACAAGUGGCCCAAGAAGCCAGCCGCUCCAGUGAAUAAAAUCACAGAUAACCGAUGCAGAACGCCCGCAAGCAGGUUUGGCGAAGACGCGGUGCACAGUGCUGAAAAUCUACCGGCCCAUGCUGCAGACACUUAUAUUAUAGAGAAUGGCAUACGCAAGCGAGUUCAAGCUGUGACACAACAAAACCCCCGCGUACCUCUUGCACACAGACUACCAGAAGACGAGGAAAGGGAGGGCAGGAGACCAGAAUGGACGAUAGCUUACGACCCGUACCGACCGGCGAUGGAGAGCACAGUGGUUGUCUCACAUCUAGGACCUCCUCCGCAGUACUCAGAGCAAAAUAGUGGUUCUGUGGAACCGCCACUGCUUCCAAGAACCUACAGGAUUGAGUCCGAGAUAAGUCUUCUUGGAGCGACCAAGGAGGCCAGCAUGCCGGAUCUUCCAUCAGCCUGUCAUUCUGCAGUUUCCGGACACGGACGAGGAAACACUCGACAGGUCGGUCUAACUCGAGAAGAGUUGAAUAGACUCACACACGCAAGAAGGCUGGAGUUGAUGGAGGAGAUGGAGCGGAGGAAACGGGGAGAGAUAGUCAUUCGGCUAGCUGAUAUAAAGGAUUGGAUUCGAUCAAAUUUCGUCAUAGUUUUCGUCCUACUUAUCAAUGCUAGCCUGGCUUUCCUAUUUUUCAAUCUGUUGACCGGCUCAACAGACACACGUUCAGUUCCGUCAGCUGCCCAGAAUCGACUGACCCGGGCUCAGUCAUCCCCACCGACCCCAAACACUGCUGGUACAGUUCAGCUAGCUAAGAAAGUCAUCAGCAAUGCAAUCAAAAAAGCCAAGUUGAAUGGGAACCGAGACGAACCCAGUGGCUCUGGUUAGCCGGCUCAGAACAACUGCACUCAGAAUGACUUGUCACUUCCGAGAAAUUGAUGGCCACUAUUUUUGACCGUCAAUCACUUAUGUGCUCUGUGUUUCCUCAUGGACACGCUGUAAAAUUAGUUCUUGAAUCUGCUGACUUUCAUGUAAAUUUGCAGAUACACAGCAAGAACGUUUUUCGUCACAGCGGACACAAAGAUACGCGCACUCACACGUACGCACGCAAAAAACACACGUAAAGGAAAACAAACCGCGUAAGAAAAUGCAACCAUAAACAACCUUUGGAAUGUAGGAUAANCGCAACACGGUCCAUACCACACUCUUUCUGUUAAACACAGUAGAAUUACCAAAAUAUGGAGAAUUUCCUCGCUCGUUCGCGCUCGAGCACUUUGAUCUCCCUUUCACCCAUCCGCGCAAGAGCUACACCUUGUCUGGUCUACGGCUUUUCCUUUUUGAGUUUCCCAUCCUCUUCACUACGCUAAGAAGGUUGGGAGCAACCUUCUAUCGUACUUCCACCAUACACACGCGUGGUGGUCAACUAAUUCCGAUUCCUUACUUCCUGUUGCUCAAAGGAGACCCAACCAGAUGGUCUAUUAUGCAUUAUGCCUAUUAGCGUUCCUCCAUCACUUUCCAACGGCUGUGGAUUUGUUUUCGCCUGUCAUUUGCACUCUUGUCACCUUUGCCCCUUCCUCACAGUCGGAAGGAAGACCUAUUAAACUGAACCACUGUGCUAUACAGAUCUGUUCGGUGGUCGAGUUUUGUCUGCACCGACUCCCCUACAGGCACUUACUUCGUCCAAUUUGGGUGACAAUGUAACCCAUGCACUAUUGUUGAAUCACUGCGGCAACUUAGGGAUCAGGCCAUUUUUUGCUCUCUUCAGAAAUUUUGCAAGCAAUUCCGGACCAGGACACGUCUGCUUCGAAGAAACUACAUGUGGGCAAACGAUAUUUCCCGGGUCUGCCUGGUAGAGUAUCCGGAACGGUCGCUCUUGUCUUCCCUUCUCUGGCAGUGAUGGGUUGAUAUUCUUUUGUUAGUUAUGCUUGCUGUGCAUCUAUCCCCUAGCCCCGACCAGGAAACUGUAAGUAAAGACUACCGUGCUUUUUUGAGGAGUUCAGAUUUUUCAUUCGCCACACUAAACGAGCUGAGGUCAGGUCAAAUGCGUUUAAUCCGGUCCACAUCGGUUG